AUUUCCGAUUCAAACAUCUCAUAAAACGACAUUUAGGGUUUUCAGUCUUCUUCAUUACGUGUCUUGAAAAGAAAGAAAAACAAACAGUACUUAGCAAUGGCGAUGAGAGCAGCAGUGAAUAAGAUUUCUCCCAGUCGUUUAAUGGAAGGAACACGAAGGUUUGCUCCUCGGUACUUCAGUGAUAAAUCGGGUAGAGUUCUUGGUGACGAGGAAUUAGCUGCUGAAAAUAUAUGGAUUAAGAAAAUGGAGAGGGAAAAGUUGGAGAAAAUGAAGCAGAAGUUGGACAAGGAAAUUGCUGAAGCAGAAAAGAAAGCUGCAGCUGACAAGAAGCCUGAAAGCAGCAAGUAAAGAAGGCCGAGAGUUACAGGGUCAUCUCCAAGUUGUUGAUGAGCUAUUCUAGUUCUUACUUUUGAUGAUGUCGAAUAAAGUUUGUUGUUCCCAUGGACCUCUUGGCAGACUAUGGUGUUUGUAUAGCAUGGUGUACCACUUCUUGACACGAUCGUGUGUUAGCAAGUAAAAGACCCUUGUUCAAUUUGUGUUUUCUUGGUUGCACAGUUAGUUUAUUAGUUCUACAGGUUCAUAAGAAAAAGAAAAACAGAAGAAAAAUAAUGAGGUCACCCACUUUGCUUGGGCUUGAAUGCCAAGGCUGGCCUUCUAGCUCUCUAAGAGUAUUUGCCAGGAUUUGAAAUUCCAUCACUCGUCUCCCCAGAGACGUAUCUU